UAGUGAUUUGCGAAACGAAGUUGUCCCUCUGAGGAUCUACAAGUGCGAAGGCUUGGAUUCUGUUCAACCAUGCUUCUCGAGAUCGGAAUCGCCGCUAUCAUCUACGGACCCCCGCACCUCCCUCUCCUGGUCCAAACGCUCGAGAUGAUGGGUGAGGCGACCCUUAUCCUCGCUUCGGUCUGCUCGUGGGCCGCCACGGAGAUCCAAAUUCAGGAGAAAAACAGGCGCCGCGAGCGCCAGAGACGUCGUGCCAGUGGCUAUUGAGAGAUCUGCAUCUCGCCCCCUUCUCGAGACCUCCGCCCCCAAAACUCGCUGAUUCCGAUGUUUUUUGAGCCCCGCAUGAUGUCGUCCGGCAUGCGUGGCUUCACCCUCUUCAUUCUCGUCUUAUUUGCUGUUGCUCUAGUCGGGGCGGACAUUGAUGGAGGAGAUUCAACCGAGGGCAUGGUGUCAUUCCGUGUGGGCGUCGUGCAUUCAUCAUCAUUGGGCGGCGAUGCAUCGUCUUCGACGGACAUCUGUGGUGAAUACGGCGUGUUGACGGCCAUUGAGCAUGUCAGCUGGCCCACUCGUGACAGCAGCCUGGUGCCGCUGGUGGCCCUUUUUCGGCCCUUCCACCUCACUUAUUCGGUCAUCAACGGCGGCAGUGCCACGGCGGACGGCGAUAACGACCCCAUUGCAACGCCCCUGGCCGUCAUCAGCCCGGCCGCUGAUCAGAUCGGCACCAUUAACGCGACUCGCCAGCUGCCCCGCAUCGUCCUGACUGAGCCACAGAAUGAGGGCCCUGCCCAUGAGGCCAUUGCGGCAGCCAUCAGUGCCCGCCGAGCCAAGGCGAAUACAGACGGCCGGGCUUUUCGGGGGCAGCAGGGCGAUGCCGCCUCUGGUGAUGAGUGCGGAUCGGUGGGCGUGUCGGCGUACAUGAGCACGGUGCUGUUGGCGCAUGCCAUCCACCGUGCCUGGCUGGGCGUGGAGGCAAUGGGACUCACUCACGCACACGUCACGCCGCAGCACGUGGCACACGAGAUCAACCAACACGAAGUCAUCCACACCACACACGGUAAGACAACAAAAUGAAGAGAAAGCAGGACAACAUACCAACGGUGUCUCCUUGCAUGCAUGCAGGCCUCACCGGGAUGCUCGUCGCCCACGAUGAGACGGACAACACGUAUUCCCUUAUCCACCAGCAGCAUCAUGCAAUGGAGUACGAAGGCGAUGAAGACAUGCCGACAAAUCUCAUUGAGUCUCGCAUGCUCACCGACGAGUCAUCCAUGAGCACGGAGCCACUCCGCCAUCUCCAAUCUUUCUCAGGCGGGAUAUCUGCGGGCAAAAAGGCGGUCGGCACACGCUUCACGUUUGUCUUCGGGUCAACCACUCUCUACUGGAUCGCUGUAAGGACCGGCCGGCAGAGACACACGUCUCUCGGCUUUUUCUUAUAUUGAUUUCUUUGUUCAGCUUCGUGCGAGCAACAUGCUGCGCAAGGAUGCCCCCAUCAGCCAGCUGCGUGUGUACCGGAAGCCAGAUUUUCCCAACAAGGGCAAAGGGCACUGGGCCUUCAUGGAAAAGAAAAUGACCGGCGACAACCUCAACUGGCUGGUAGGUUUAAGCGCACACAUCUGCCAGCAGAGACAAGACCUGAUAGCAUCUGUUCUGUGCAUGCUUGCAGGGUUCGUCGAUUAACGUGGUGAAGAGUGCACCGCAGAUGUACUGGCGGCCGAGCUUUCAUGUCGAAGUCACGGCGGCAGAUGUGAGAAGAAAGCCUUACCGGGAAGCAGCGCACUUCUGUCAAUUGUCAUGUCUCCGCGCAUGCAGGGUGCCUUUGCUCGAGGUGUUAUCAAGGCACGCGAAGAUGUGGGCAAAACAAUCGUCACUGACAUCGUCCCACAGGUACGACAAAGGGAGCAAUGCCCACCCUCUCUCUCUUCCGCUCUCUCCUCCUCUUCGUUACGUCCAGCCGAUCCCCAAUUGCGCGAGAAUGUUCACCGAUUACAAGUGUCCUGGUGACUGCGCCAAGGUGAUCAAAGGCACCGUCGGCAGCGCGUCAGGCUGCCAGACGAGAUGCCAGCGCAACGAGGACGGCUUCCCAUGCCGCCACUGGAAGUGGAACUUCGAGUCCAAGCAGUGCACACUCUUCAAGGGAAAUGGCAACAAGAUCAUCCUGCAGCAGAGCCCAUCAGCAGGCAGCUUCAUCUACGGGCCCAAACACUGCAGGAUCGGUCAGCCGGAAAGACCAGAUGCUGACGGUCCCUGCGUAUGUCCCAUCAAUAUGUGUCGCCCUCUAUUGUCAUGGCAGGGUGCUACACGCCGUUUACGAAAAUGCCCGGCAAGAAUUUGAUGAAGGACAAGACGAUCGAGAAGCAUGUUUUGUCGGCAACGCUCUGCCAGGAAGAGUGCCUGUACACCCCCGGCUGCAAGGCCUUUACGUUUUGGUUCGACCGCCGCCCCAAGGCAGACCGCCUCAAGAAAAAAGCUGACAAGAGCACCACCGUUUGCGAGCUCUACAAUGACGACCAAGGAGCAGAGAUCAUCGACUCUAGCAAACGAGAAUACAACUCCAUGGGACCGUCGGUCUCUGGAUCACCCAAGUGCCCCGACUUCGGUAAGCAAGUGGAAUGGACGGAGAGAGAGACAGAGACACACGUUCAUUUUCCUUGUCUCUCUUCCAUCAGCUUGUCUGAAGACGGGCAGGGCCCUGUCCGGCAAGAACCUCCCGCAGACCAAGUACGGGAAGGGCGAAGUGCGGGCCGGAUCCCUAGAGGAGUGCCUCGGCAUCUGCAUGCGGCACCGACAGUGCCAGUUCUUCCAAUACGACGGCGGCAUGAAGAAGGGCGGCGUCAACUGUUUCCUCAAGGGCGACAAGGGCAAGGAGACGCCAUCCAAGAACAGCAGGCUCACAUGGGCCCCCGCCAUCUGCAUGGGAGGCAAGUCCACAGAAAGAGACAUGAGUUCAGAUGCUGUGAGUGCCAUGUCUCGUGUGUCUGGUUUGAUUGAUGGGUCAUGCAGAGAAGGACAUGGCUCGGUGCGCCAAGAGGGACAGCUUCUACGAGCAAGCGGGCGAGUUUCUCCGUCUCUCGUACAUAACGACGCCCGCCGAGUGUGCGCUUACGUGCUUCAACGACGUCGAGUGCUACUUCUGGUACUGGACCAGCGACAUCACCGAGAAGGAGCCCUGCCGCCUGGUCGGUAGACAGUCCAAGCUCCAGAGCAACCCGCAGCAGUCCCUCCAUUCUCUCAUCGCUGGCCCCAAAAACUGCAACUACCCUGGUGAGAAUGCUUGCAGCAGCAUUCAAACAGACUCGUCACGCCCGUAUGUGUGGGGAUGGGUUCGUCAGACCCCAAUCCGCCGGCCAACAAGGUCCACUUCUGCCAGAGGCAUGUGCGCGGCAAGUAUGUCGACUACAAGACUGGAAUAUGCUGCCCCAUGGAGUGCCCCGACCAGUGCAACAAGUGUGGCGCCAACGACAACCCCGAGUGUUGCAGCUUCAAGAUCUGGGCGGGACACAGAUACGGCAUGACCAGGAACAACAUCUGCGAGCAAGACGGACACGCGCCUUGCAAGUUCCUUGGUGAGCGAGACACAGGCCAAAUGAGGUCAUUCCUGUAGCGCACUCGCCGCUGUCUCUGCCGGCCUGAUGAUCACAGAACGCCAGAUGACAUGGGAGCCUUGGUGUGGCCUCGGCAAAUGCGCCGUCGUCCCAAAGAGAGCGCAGCUCUUCACACCUGCAAAGGGCAGCGGCAAAGGUAACGAACGACCCAGACCGCAGCAAUCGACCCAGACCAUUGUGUUGCUUUUGUCCCUCAGACACGCUUCGUUUCCUGGCUGAGAAGCGUCAGCUGAAGAUCGGCACGGCCAUCUCGUACUGGCUGCGUCGGCAGAAGGAGCUCAUGGACAUCAUCAAGGAGCAAUACACCGUCACCGUGGCCAAGUCGGAGUGCAAGCCGGGGUCGCUGCUGCGGUACAACUGGCGGCCGUGCGACUACCUCAUGGACGAAGCCGAGAAGAAUGACCAGCUCUUCAAGCUGCACGCCGUCGCAUGGUACCGGGAUGAGCCGAUGGUCAUCAGGUAUGUUGUAUGUCUGGGAGGUCAAUGCGUCUACAUCUCGAUCUUGAUCUUAAUCUUGAUCUGUGUACACACCAAAUCGCAGAGGCAAGAACCCCAAGGAGAAGGACGAGUGGCUCUUCAAGUUCACCGAGCAGUACAUCAAGCGCUAUCUUCCACGCAAGGCCGCAUACCACUUUGACCUUGCCAACGAGGGUACAACGGAGAACCCCGAGACACUCAAAUCAGGCAAGGAAGGCCCGUUUCUGUCUGUGCGUGUCUCGAGCAGCCUUGGAGGACGGGCAGGUGUCCGACGGCACCACAUGGAUCGAGCGCAAGGGCACAUGGAUGGUUAACAUCCCCAACUGGAUGCCCCGUCUGUUCGCCAAGGCCCGGCAGGUGGCCGAUUCCCUUAAGAAGCCCAUCAUCAAUGUCUACAACGACUACGGCAUCCUGCACGAGGAUGGCGGCAAGGGCCGGGCGGUGUACGCUAUGGCCAAGUGGCUCAUGAAGCACCCCAUGGGCAUGUACAAGGGCAGACCCACCAUCGAUGUCAUCGGCUGUCAGACACACAUCGACAUCGCCUGGGACAAAUUCGACGCCGCCAGAGCGCAGAUGCGCAAGAUCGGCUCAUUGGGACUGGUAAUAAUAAUGAGACAGCACUGACGAAGGGAGCAAAGAGACGCGUUGGGCUGUGUGUUGUGUUGUGUGCAGGAGAUUGCCAUCACUGAGAUGGACGUGGGUUGCGGCAAGUGGGUGCCCGGCCAGGGGUACAAGCCGUGCGGCCAGAAUUUCGACUUCGAAAAGGAUUACAUACAGGUGCGCCCACAAACCAGCCGGAGAGACGCCACGCAAUUCUUGGCGAACCUUAUAUGUGUGUCGUUUCGAUGUGUCCCUCCUUCCCCCUUCUUGAUGCAGUCCCAGGUGUUCGCCACCAUCAUGCGAAUCUGCCUGGAGGAGCCCAACUGCACUUCGUAAGAACAUGCCCCAAGGCACAAGAAGCCAACAGCCCCCCAGAGAGACACAGAGACACCCCUCCAUGUAUGCGUGUGCAGCUUCACAGUGUGGGGUACAUACGACCCCACCAACUGGCUCAACACGCAGUUCAAGGGCGAGGACCACCCCACACUCAUCGGCCGCGGGUGGAAGAAGAAACUCGCCUUCUUUGAGCUCCAGAAGGCGCUCAGCAUCUGACACAGCUGAGCCUGCCUGCCUAACUUGCUGUCCUUUUUCUGAACCCACCAUUCAUUCCAUCAACCAUCCAUCCAUUCAUCCACCACCAUUUGUUGAGGCUGCAUGUCAGUGUCACUUUUUGUGAGGGCGCAUGGUUCACACGGCUGCUUCAUGGUGCU